AUGGAGCAGGAGCAGCUCCCUCGCCGCCGCGUCGUGCGCGUGCACUUCGCGGACGCCGACGCCACCGACGACUCCGACUCCGACGACGAAACGAGCCAGCCUCAGCAGCAGCGCCGGUUCGUGCGGCGGUGCGUGCGGGAGAUCGACCUGCCGUGCUGGGCGACCAGGAGGAGGGCCGCCGCGGCCCAGAGGAGGCGCCCGGCCGGAAAUUACGGCGGCCCGCGCUUCCGCGGCGUGCGGAUGAGGCCGUGGGGGAAGUGGGCGGCGGAGAUCCGGGACCUCCAGCAGGGCCGCCGCGUCUGGCUCGGCACCUUCGACACCGCCCAGGAGGCCGCCCAAGCCUACGACGCCGCCGCGCUCCGCAUCCACGGCCCGGGCGCCAACAUCAACCGCGCAGCCUCCUGCUACUACUCCUCCUCCUCCCCCUCGCCGCCGCUCUCCACCGUCACCACGUCCGCGCCGUCGCCGUCGCCGUCCACGUCCUCACCCCCAUCGCCCUGCCCCCAGACGACGUCCGCCCCGGCAGCCUCGGUCUCCCAGCCGCCGACCACGCCGUGGUCCCUAGUCAACGCGGACGAGGAGGUCACGGCGGCCUUCGGGAUGGGCUUCGCCGACGAGGAGCCCGCCCUGGCCAGCCUCGCGCAGUUCUGCCUCCCUCCGACGACAACGUGCAGCAGGUGGGACCCCUGCGCCGACUUCGUGGAGCUCGCCGACCUCGACGACCUCUUCGCCGCGCCGGAGCUCAUGGCCGCCUGA